AUGCUCGAGUCAUUUGAUCUUUUUGGAAGCCUUCCCGUUGAGCUUCAAGCUGAGAUUUGGAGCUUCGCAGUUCGCCCUACUAAGCCCGGUGUACAGGUCUUCAGCUUGAGCAGUGAUCCAAGGGGACAGCCACAUGGAGAGAACACACAAAAAGCCCCUUGGGCCGCUGCUUAUUACCUAACGGCCCCAAAGUGGACCUUCGGUCCAAUAUCCAGCACAGUCAAUACAUUUGACGAAACCAUAGCUUCAUGGACCAAAAACAACCCUUCAACUUAUCUGGUCGACUCGGGUCUCUGGAAUGCCUGCAGACAUUCUCAUCGCGUUAUGAGGGACAUCAUUGAGCCUACCGAACCCAUGGUCGUUCAGACAAAGGUGGAAUGUGGCAGUCGCGAAGCGAAGGUAGGCGCGUCAGGGAUUCUACCAUCCCAGAAGCGCACAAUCGUCGUAUCGCCUAGCCUGGAUCUGUUCAUUCUGCAGUUCGACAAUCCUGACAUGCUCAGCUGGUCUUUGUCAGAGGAUAUCGUUCCCUUCGACACCAUCCCGAGCCCGAUGCAAAUACGGCAUGUAGGGUGGCAGUACCAUCCAAUCUGGGCCUCGAGCUUACAAGACUCUCCAUGGAUUGGAAGCCUUGACUCUUUGUGCUCAUAUAUUGUAUACGGCGUGAGGCUCGGGGGACUGGAGACGCUAUGGCUCAUAAACUACCGGAUCAAACGAAAGCAUUGGGUUUCAUCGAAAAGCGAAGUCAAGGGACCGGAGCCCAAGGUCUUCGAAACAGAUAAUUUUCGACUUAUAGAGGUGUUGUUGGAUGAGAAUGUACUUUCGCCGGAGCAGCUGCGGUGGGAUGAGGUGGUCGCAGAGGGUGAUCCCUACACUGUCAGCGACUUUCUCGCCUUUGUGACAAAGCUCCGACUCGCCACUUGCACUGAUCACGCGGUAUGGGUUUCGCAAGACAGGACUCCAUUGGAGCAGUCCCUAGGUCGAGCCCUGCCCGGACUCGACCUUGAAAAACUCGAGGCACUAAACCCCUGGUACAGUCCCGGCAUUACUGUUCCAGGGAGGAUAUACAAAAUCCCUUACGACGAAAGUAUGACCAUCGUCCCACCAGCUUCUUGGGCCGGCGGUUGUCCCAAAACCCUAGUGCUUGACAGUAGAGAGAGGAAGGCAGAGGCCCAAUCUUCAGAACAGCUGGAACAUAUAGUCGCGCGUGCCAGCACCAACGCAGAGGAACCUGCUCAGAAUAAUAUCAAGGCAAGGUCUAUUGGCGCCAGCGAUAACUCCAAGGGGACAAAAACGCCUUCUACGACUUACUCAAGCACAAAGGCAGCUCCGAAGACAAUGGGAACAGCCAAUGCAUUGUCCUGCUGGAAGGAAACCCACCCCACAGAAAAGUUUGAUUCAAGCCAAGACCUGAGGCUCGAAUUCAUCACAACGUUCUGCAAUAGGCUGAAGGAGGUCAGCCUCAACCCCCAGAGCCCGUUAAGGGAAUAUCCAUAUCAAGACACGUUGAUUGGGAUCAAUUUGCUGUCUUGCCCAAAGUACCACUUCGGUACCCGAGAAGUUGCUUCAUGCCACGAAGUCAUGAAGUAUAUCGACCACAAAUGUCCCGACUCUGGCGGAGUGUAUAGUACAUCUUGCUUGUUGUACUAUUUUGUGAAACGAGACGACAUCGUGUGGAACAGAUAA